AUGGGCGAGGUCCAUUUCGUUGUUAAUAACGAAGAUGAUACGGAUGAAGAAGUAUUCGCGAAAUAUUAUGAACCUCCUUCUUUAGACGACUUUAAAGAGCUAAGUAAAUGUGCACCGUUUAUUCUUUUUCGUAUAAAGGUCAACAAAGCUUUGCAAAAGGGUGGAAGAGUAAAAACAGCAGGGAAAAUCUCUAGACUCGCGUCAAAAUUGUGGGAUACAAUGCAUGAUGAUGAAAAAUAUCAAUACGAACAAUUGUCAACUGUAUUAUCCCAUCAACCUGAUAAUUGGACAAAUAUCUCUUCGAUGCAAUACCUGCAAAUAUUAACUUCUAACGCUAACUUGCCUGGAUCCGAGUUAUCCCGUGUCGAUGUGUCAAAUACCUCUUCGAUGGAUCACCAAAUUCCUAACGUUAACUUGCCUGGAUCUGAGUUAUCCCGUGUCGAUGUGUCAAAUACCUCUUCGAUGGAUCACCAAAUUCCUAACGUUAACUUGCCUGGAUUCGAGUUAUCCCGUGUUGAUGUGUCAAAUACCUCUUCGAUGGAUCCUAACGCUAACAUGCCUGAAUCCGAGUUAUCCCGUGUCGAUGUGUUAGAUAUCUCUUCGAUGGAUUAUCAAAUUCCUAACGCUAACAUGCCUGGAUCCGAGUUAUCCCGUGUUGAUGUGUCAAAUACUUCUUCGAUGGAUCACCAAAUUUCUAACGUUAACUUGCCUGGAUCCGAGUUAUCCCGUGUCGAU